GUUUUUUUCGUUAAUUACACCAACAAUAUCUCCAAGAUAAUCACAAAAAAUUUCUUCUCUCUCUUAAAACAAAUAAAACGUCUCAUUUAAACGAUAAAUCUGAAUUCUUAACAGAUUGAGAUUAAACUUCAGCUAAGAUUUCGCGGGUCAAUAUCCUAACCGAUAAUAAAAGGACCAUAUCAUAUCAUUCGUGAAUUUUUAAUUACAACUCACUUCUCAUUACUCAAGAGAGUGAUUUAAAUUCGGCUGCAAGCUGCAGUGAAUUACACGGACGUACAGUAAUUUAAUCAUAUUCAUUGAGCAGCCUAUGAUGCUACUGCCUCUAUUGUAGAGAUACACUCAGUAAGUAGAGAUAAAACGUAUAGAGAGUAAAAGUCAGGAAUGGAAUUACUCGUCCCGGCUAUUUCGGAUAUUAUAUUUCAAUAUCCGUGGACUAUAAAAAAUUACAAGAAAAUAAUAGAGAAGAAUAUUUCUAUCGACAGUCCAGCUUUUGAACUCAAUGUUAAUGGAAUUCGCAGCUCGUGGAAUCUGUCCAUUAGAUUCUGGAAAGGACCAGAAGGAAAGAGAUUAAAAAAUCCAGUUGUAUUGUGUUUAAAUAUGUUAAACUGCAAAAUAAAUUCUUCAGAGCAAGCAAAAAUCCGCUUUCAAUUUGGAAUUUACAAUACUGAAGUAAACCAAUGGGAGUACUUUAACAUUGGUAGAACAAUUAUCGAGCUAAAAUCGACCGAGGACAUUGUUUCUCUGGGAUACCGAGAGCUAUCGGUCGUAGAAAGACAUCUGAAGAAUGGAGUAGCUAAGCUGGUAGUAAAAAUACAAAUGACCGAGUACGACUCCGAUAAACAGGAACCGGCGAGGUUGACCAGGCAUCUCAGAGAUGCGGACACCAAGUUUAUCUGUAGCAAGGGUCAAGACGAAAUUCCAGGGCACGCAAAUGUCAAAGCUUCUCACAGCGACGUGCCAACGAGUAUUGACAAGUCUGCCAGACAAGCAGGAGAUCAAAAGACCGGAGUGAAUAAUUUAAUUAUUCACCGCUAAAUUAUAUUGUGUUAUACAUUUUCAUAUUCAUUAUGAUUAUUAUUAUUAUUAUUAUUAUAUAGAUAUUAUGGUUAAUAAAUGGACCCGU